AUGGAGGCUUUGUCUGGGCAACUGGAGGAACUGCGGCUGAAUAGCAGUAAGCUCAAUGAAGAUGAAGGCUGGAUAGACUCAUUAGCCGGCAAACAGCAGGCACCCAAACGCCAGCGGAAAACCAAAGAGGCCAUCAAAAAGGAGCUCGAGCAAGAGUUCCUGACGCCCUCCCGGUCUUUCAAUACGCAGUGGCUUAACCGAUUCCAGCAGCGCUGGGAUGCUCCUACAAACUGCCGCAGUCUGUUUCAGAUCGCCCCGACACAAACCCGCACCAUUAUCCGCUUCACUCGAGAAGGCCUGGAAGGCAGAGUCACUGGAUACAAGGAGGUCACUGUGCCUGCAAACUCUGCAACCGCUAAAAACUCUACAUCCCUCCUUAGAAAACCCGCUAGUAGAGCCGAAUUCGUCCGUGGUGCCGCUGGAUUUUUUCCUUUCGCACCCGGUGGUUUAGAAGGCGUGGAAGCAAUCGCCGCAAUUGAGGACGAGGCCAUUCAACAGCAAGAAAAUUCUCAAGGAAAGAAAACCGGAGGUCUCGACCGGGUGAUCAAUUUUAGCGCUGAAGGUGGUCUGCUGGAGAUUCCACCUGGGUUCACACGCGGCCUGGACCUGCAGAAGAAGCCCGCUACAGAUUCGAACGUCGCUCAGGAGGUGGAAGACACUUUGGGACAGGCAUCUGCUCCUGCAGCUGAAACCAAGGCUGACGAAGAGGCUGACACUGACAACGUCGGUGCGAACGGACUUGAUGUGCCUGAGGAUGGCCAAGACCCGGGAGAAGAAGAAAUCGAUGCUCUCUUGCCGGUAGAGUUUCCUGCUCUAGCUCCUCAUGGUCCCCUUGCUAUGGGUACUGCGAGAAAAGGUGGAAGAGAGUGGGCCCACAUGGUUGACAUCAACCGCGACAUCACCAAUUUCCGGGAACUUGUACCUGAAAUGGCACGUGAAUAUCCCUUCGAGCUGGAUACCUUCCAGAAAGAGGCAGUCUAUCAUCUCGAGAAUGGGGAUUCAGUCUUCGUAGCUGCACAUACCUCCGCAGGCAAGACUGUCGUUGCAGAAUAUGCAAUUGCACUUGCUGCCAAGCAUAUGACCAAAGCCAUUUACACUUCCCCAAUCAAGGCUCUUAGCAACCAAAAGUUCCGCGAUUUCCGUCAGACAUUUGAUGAUGUUGGCAUCCUGACUGGAGAUGUGCAGAUCAGGCCAGAAGCUAGCUGUCUCAUCAUGACUACGGAGAUUCUUCGAAGCAUGUUGUACCGUGGCGCUGACCUGAUCAGAGACGUCGAGUUUGUCAUCUUCGACGAGGUGCACUACGUCAACGACCUGGAACGUGGUGUGGUAUGGGAAGAGGUCAUUAUCAUGCUUCCUGAGCAUGUGACACUCAUUCUCUUGUCUGCUACUGUUCCAAAUACCUAUGAAUUUGCUUCUUGGGUGGGUCGCACGAAAAAGAAAGACAUUUAUGUUAUAUCCACGCCCAAGCGUCCCAUUCCCCUAGAGCACUAUCUUUGGGCUGGAAAAGGCAUGCACAAGAUUGUCACAGCAGACAAGAAGUUCAUCGACAGCGGUUGGAAAGACGCAAACGAUAUUCUUUCUGGAAAAGACAAAAUAAAGGCACCAGCCACAAACGACUCACAGGCUGGCAGAGGUGGUGGCCGUGGAGGCUCAUCUGCUAGAGGAGGUCAGAACCAAAGGGGAAGAGGACAACAAGGAGGCAGUCGGGGCGGAGCUCCCCGCGGCGGGGGCCCACCAGCAGCCAGAGGCCGUGGAAACAUUGCAAGGACAGGCCGUGGCGGAGGCCGCACCACUGCUGCACAGGAUCGUAACAUAUGGGUGCAUCUCAUUCAACAUCUGCGUACCAAAGAUCUGUUACCAGCCUGUAUAUUCGUGUUCUCGAAGAAGCGUUGCGAAGAAAAUGCAGAAGCACUCUCGAACAUUGAUUACUGCACCGCUGCAGAAAAGAGUGCUAUUCAUAUGACCAUCGAAAAGUCACUGGCUAGGUUAAGCCGCGAAGACCGUGAGCUUCCACAGAUCAAACGUUUGAGAGAGUUACUUGGUCGAGGUAUUGCGGUCCAUCACGGUGGCAUGUUACCUAUUGUCAAAGAGGUCGUAGAGAUACUCUUCGCCAAAACGCUCGUCAAGGUCCUCUUUGCAACUGAGACUUUUGCCAUGGGCCUUAACCUCCCUACCAGAACAGUCGUCUUUUCUGGAUUCCGGAAGCACGAUGGUCGAGAGUUCCGCGACCUACUUCCUGGUGAAUACACACAGAUGGCCGGUCGUGCAGGACGUCGAGGUCUCGACACAGUUGGCACUGUCAUCAUCUGCGCGCCUGGCGCCGACGAGGCACCACCAGCAGCAAGGCUUCGACAGAUGAUGCUUGGAGAACCCACCAAGCUUAGGUCACAAUUCCGUCUCACAUACAACAUGAUGUUGAAUCUUCUGCGUGUCGAAGCACUGAAAAUUGAAGAGAUGAUCAAACGUAGUUUCAGCGAGAAUGCGACCCAGGCUCUAUUGCCAGAGCACCAAGGCAAGGUCAAACUCUCAGAAGCCGAAUUGGAGAAGAUCAAACGUGAACCUUGCGACAUUUGCGAUAUCGACCUAGAAGCCUGUCACCAGUCCUGUGAGGACUACAAGAGACUAACCAACGAGAUGCAUCUGAGCCUUCUCAUUAACCCUGUUGGGCGACGAGUAUUUAGCAAGAAUCGUCUGAUUGUUUACAAAAAGGAUAAUAAACGCACAGCAGGCAUGCUCAUGCAGGAUGGUACGAGCAGAGGUAAUGAACCUACGGUGAAGGUUUUAGAGGUAGCCCAACACCAAGAUCGUAAGCCUGACGACCUACUACCAUAUCUCGGUCCGUUCGCACAUCUGUAUCGAAAAAUGCCGAACAAGCCGGGGGAUCUGAUUCUCAAGACUGCGUUUGUACCCUUGAACGAUAUCGAGUGUUUUACAAAGACUACCAUUGAUGUCCCUGACUCUGUCCAAAAUCUCAACCGAAAGAAAGAUACGCUAAAGCUGGCCCAAGACCAAUUCUUGCCGCUAUGCGGGUCAUGGGACUAUGAGGACUGGGAUGAAUACGAUUACAGCCGCAUCAAUAGCCUCAAGUUCCGAGAACUGGAAGAGGCUCGCAAGAAGGAGGGACUGAAUGCGGUUAGCAAAGAGUGUUUGAGGUGUCCCAACUUCCUAAAACAUUUUGCCAUGGAACACGAUCAGUGGCUCAUCAAGGAAAACAUCCAUGCACUCCGACAACUCAUGUCAGACCAGAAUCUCCAGCUCCUUCCCGAUUACGAACAGCGUAUCCAAGUCCUCAAAGAUCUUGGCUUUGUUGACGAAGGCUCGCACGUAGAGCUAAAAGGCAAGGUAGCCUGCGAGAUCCACUCGGCAGACGAGCUGGUCCUUACCGAACUCGUUUUGGAAAACGUACUCGCCGAGUAUGAGCCCGAGGAGAUCGUCGCACUGCUCUCGGCGUUUGUCUUUCAGGAAAAGACCGAUGUGGAGCCCACUCUGACAGCGAGCCUGGAACGUGGCGUGGCCAAAAUUGUCCAAAUUUCAGAAAAGGUCAACGAGAUUCAGACUAAACAUCAGGUCAUCUUGUCGGCGGAUGACUCGAACGACUUCGUCAGCAAGCCCCGCUUUGGAAUGGUCGAGGUCGUCUACGAGUGGGCACGCGGUAUGUCAUUCAACAGGAUAACUGACUUGACAGACGUCAUGGAGGGUACAAUCGUCCGCGUCAUUACUCGUCUGGAUGAGACAUGCCGUGAAGUCAAGAACGCAGCUCGGAUUAUCGGAGAUCCGACGCUCUUCCAAAAGAUGGGAACAUGCCAGGAACUUAUCAAACGGGACAUCUGCAAUUGUGCCAGUCUGUACCUGUAG